AUGCAUCGGGUAUCGGUGUUUGUUUUGUUGACGAUCAAUUUCCUAGUAGUUAACAGUUCUCCAGCUGUUCAGCGUGAAUUACCACAUCCCAGCUUCCCGAUCAAAAAACUAACCGCUGAACAAUACUCCAGCCAAGCUCAGCUGGAGAACACCCUAGGCUAUUGGUUAGAGACUGCUCAGCAGACAGUCGACCGCAUACGUAAACGGACACCGAACAAAAACGUUGCAAAAAAUGUGAUUCUUUUCCUGGGUGACGGAAUGUCCAUUUCAACCGUGAACAUGGCACGCGUGUACGCUGGUGGUGAGGAGAAAACCCUAUCGUUCGAGCGGUUUCCCUACAUCGGCAUGUCAAAGACGUACAACGUUGACUACCAGGUGCCGGAUUCGGCCGGUACGGCCACUGCCUAUCUUACCGGAGUCAAGGGUAAUUACGGAACGAUCGGCGUUAAUGCAAAGGUUCCUCUGCACGAUUGCCAGGUGGAGCUGGAUACCGAAACUCAUACGCAUUCGAUUGCUAGGUGGGCCAUGGACGCAGGAAAGGACGCCGGUCUGGUGACUACGACCCGGGUGACACAUGCUUCGCCGGCUGGGGUUUAUGCGCACACUGCUAACCGAAAUCGUGAGAAUGACCACGAAGUGGAACGGGAUGGUUGCGAUAAGAACCGGGUGCAGGAUAUCGCCCAACAGUUGGUUCACGGAGAAACUGGUCGUCGCUUGAAGGUAAUUUUGGGUGGCGGUCGGCGUGAGUUUCUACAUAACGAUCUGGAUCCGGAAACCGGGAAAGUGGGAAACCGAAAGGACGGACGGAAUUUGAUCCGGGAAUGGUUGGAGACCAGUGUGAAAGGGGAAAAUCGCACUUACGUUUGGAACAAAGAGGAUCUGCUAGCGGUUGAUCCGAAAACGACGGAUAGGUUGUUGGGGCUCUUCGAACCCAGUCAUUGCGUUUAUAAUUUGGACAGGGUACGGAAUAAACUAUCACAGGAACCGACGCUAGCUGAAAUGGUGGAUAAGGCAACGGAUAUUUUACGGAAAAACGAUAGAGGAUUUUUCCUGUUUGUUGAGGGUGGUCGAAUUGAUCAUGCUCAUCAUAGUACCAUGGCUAGACUGGCUUUGGAUGAAACAGUUGAGUUCGCUAGAGCAAUUCGUCUAGCUCGGGAAAAAUUCAGGGAAGAUGAUACUCUUAUCGUAGUAACGUCGGAUCAUUCUCACAGUGUAAGCUACAGUGGAUAUGCGGAACGAUCACAGGAUAUUUUUGGAAGUACUGGACAAGCAGCGGACGGGCUUCCCUACAUGACGAUCAGCUAUGCAAAUGGAUUGGGUUACUACGAUCACAUUGACACUGAAAAUGGUGGAAGGGUUAACGUUUCCAAGCUGGACACAAGUAGCAACCAGUUCCGAUUUCCAACAACGCUUCCGGUUGAAUCUGAAACCCACGGAGGUGAGGAUGUCGCAGUGUAUGCUUCGGGACCGUGGUCCCAUCUCUUCACGGGCACCUACGAGCAGAACACCAUCCCCCACAUGAUGGCCUACGCAUCGUGUAUUGGCCAUGGUCUAACUGCUUGCCAGUAA